GGCUGCUGUUACCGGUUCCAUUCUGAUAUUUUGCGGUCUCCACGGUGGCGAACGAUCCGGGAUCCGGACGCCGGCGAAGAGAGGGUUUCUACUCGCCGGCUCGAGCGUCUCUUUCCUAGUGGCAUCCCCUCUAUACUGUUUAGACAAAGCAUUUGGAGGAGAUUGUCGCUGGAGAUGUACGGCGCAGCAAGCGACGGCGAGGGGGCACCGGACGCUGUCCCCAAGAAGAUCCCGCCGGCUUCGUCCAUGCCGUGGGUCCGAAACCUCCGUAGGUUCAUCGGAUCGGGGACUGGCUUAGGCUCCGAGGCACGAAUGGAGCUUGAAACGAAGAGGAUAUUGCUUGAUAUCUUUAAAGAACGGCAGCAGAAAAAUGCUGAAGCAGGCUCAAUUCCAUGCUUCUACAAAAAGAAACCUGAAGAAGGCUCAAUCAGCCAAAGAGUUCAAAGAUUGGCAAAAUAUAGAUUUUUAAAGAAACAAUCAGAACUCCUGUUGAAUGCUGAUGAUUUGGAUGCUAUGUGGGUCUGCUUACGAGAAAAUUGUGUGAUUGAUGAUGCUAGUGGUGCUGAGAAGAUGAACUAUGAAGAUUUUUGUCAUAUUGCAUCAGUUUGCACCGAACAAAUAGGCUCAAAAUGUCGGAGAUUUUUUAGCCCAUCAAAUUUUAUGAAGUUCGAGAAAGAUGAAUCUGGAAGGAUAGCCAUACUUCCAUUUUAUCUCUAUGUCAUGAGAACGUUCCCUUAUGCAUUACGUGCGCUCCUCUUAGGCCGCGCCUCCGCUCCAAUUUAUGCUCGUUUGUCCCUCUGUUAUCGGAAAGAAGCCGGUUCAAUUGAACCGGCUAAACCGGUUCUCACAUUAGGGGAGCUUGGGUGUGAGGUGCGUGAUGUGCGCGGGUGUGAGCUGUCUGAUCUGAGAGCAAGGCCAACUGCGUGGUGCGACCGUGGGUGCGACCGUGCAGGAUGUGUGCGAGUGCAUGUGCUGGGUGCGAGCGUAGUUGUUGUGCAGGUCGGGCUCGGUACUGGAACUUGGUACCGCUCGGUACUCGGUACCGCUCGAUACUGGAACUUGGUGCCGCUCAGUACCGGAACUCGGUAUCGCUCGUGUUCUGUUAUGUUUCAGGAAACUGAGGAAGAAGUGGCUGAUACAGAACAGGCUGAGAAUUGGUUCUCUUUGACUUCUGCCCAACGAAUAUGUGAUAUGUUUCUUGCAUUGGAUAAGGAUAUGAAUGGAACGUUAAGUAAGCAGGAGCUCAAGGAGUAUGCUGAUGGAACAUUGACAGAGAUAUUCAUCGAAAGGGCCUUUGAUGAACAUGUACGCCGUGGUAAAAUGGGAGGGGGUAAUGCACGUGAGAUGGAUUUUGGAAGUUUUCUAGACUUUGUGUUAGCUCUGGAAAACAAAGAUACAGCUGAAGGAUUAACAUACUUGUUCAGAUGUCUUGAUCUUCAUGGAAGAGGUUAUCUUACAACUGCUGAUAUUCAUUCUCUUUUCAGGGAUGUUCAUCAGAAAUGGAUGGACGGUGGAAACUAUGAACUAUGUAUUGAAGAUGUAAGGGAUGAAAUCUGGGACAUGGUCAAACCAGCUGACCCCCUUAGGAUAACUCUUGCUGAUCUCCUUUCCUGCAAGCAAGGUGGCACUGUUGCAAGCAUGCUUAUUGAUGUUAGAGGAUUCUGGGCUCAUGAUAAUAGAGAGAAUCUCCUGCAGGAAGAAGAGGAGCCUGAGGAGUAGUAGUUCAUUUCUUUCUGAAAAUGUCUUUUUAUCAAUCUUGCCUGAAAUGUUAGUACAGGAAACCAAAAUCCAAUACUAGAACUCUUUUUAAGUUGCAGGUUGUUCUAAGUUCCAAAUUUAGCGAAAAAAUUCUUGAAGAUUUUCAAGAGCAAUUUGCUAGUGUAUUUUAAGUUUCGUUUGGGACAGCAUUUUUACUACUUCUUAAAGUAACUUUUUAAUAGAAUUUUAAAAUUUUUAUACUAGAAAGCUUCCUUAAGAAGCAGUAAGAAAGUCAUCUCAAACGAAACUUUAGUCUCAAGUAUUGUGAUUUUUGCUUUGCAUUCACUGUAUUUGUAGUGUAUUUAUGUAAUGGAAAUUGGGUUUUCUAUUUGUAGUGCUGUGAGUUUGAAUGUUCUGUUUUUCUUCAUCUA